CGAGAUAGUUGCAUAUAUAUACCGACAGGAAAUUUUUGCAGGUAACUACGGUUUGCAAUAUUUCACGCACUGUUACGUCACGUGGUUGUGUCAAAGGUCGUUGCUACGCGCGCUUUCAAUGGGAGAGCGUUUCACUUUCUCUUAUGGAGUUUUAACACCAUGUGCUAAGACCAACUUUUAAACUGUACGUAGAAUAGGAAGGAAAAGUAUACAAUUUAAAAAAUGGCAGCCGAUGUUGGUCUAAAAGAUGAACAUCGUGCGCAGUUUUUACUCGCAGAGGACCAAGAGGAAGGUGAAUAUGAACGAAUUAGGCAAUCUGGCAGGGAAAGGUUAUUGGAACUCUCUCGUCCCAAAGAUAUAAAAGUAGGAUAUUUUACAAAUGUCGGUCCUAAUGUUAUGUGGGGCACUCAGGAGAUGCUAUGGCCCAUCAAUCCCAAUAUCCAAAAGGCCAGUGACCGAGUAGAACAGCUAGCUACGCCCAAAAAGGACUUCUCUACUGGGGACUCCAAGGGAAGGCCCCUGUUCUACUACAGCUGUGGAAGGCCUUCACAAAUAUGGGAGGCACCUCCUAAAAAUAUGCCAGAUGCCUCAGGGCGUGUACAGCAACUAGCAAGCUUUAAAGCAGCCCAUCCCGACUACAAAGAGGACAGGGAUAUCCUUGGACCAGAAGCAAUUCUGAAACUAUUCCCAAAAAGCCAGUUUUUCUAUAGCUGUGGCAGAAACAGUCCAAUAUGGUGUGUGACAAAAGGGGCCAAAUCGGCAGAGGAUCGGCCCCGUACUAAUCAGCUUGCUGCUCACAAAAACCCUGUCCGAGAGUUCCAGCCUGCCCGACAAAUAGAAACCAUUAUUCCUGGCCCCGCCCUCAGUGCUUCUGCCUCAGAGCGACUACAAUCACUGGCAGCACCAAAGAACCGCCCCGAGGGCCCCUUCAGACACCCUCAAUGGCCUGUCACCCCAGCUGCUAAGAAUGCUAGCGCAAAGGCAAGGAGUGUGGAACUAGCCAGACCCAAAGGAACAACCGAUGGGUAUAUAUUACCGAAGGACGAGGUGUGGCCGAUUUCACGAGCAGCCAAACGAGCCAGCGCAACAGGACGAGUCAGCGAAUUGGCAAAGCCAUUGGUUCGAGCGUCAAUGGACCACGUGCAAUUUAAUCCUGAUGCAUUCCUCGUUAAAGAAACUGCCCUCAAAGGAGUGAUUCCCAAAAGGGUCUUUGACUUGGCCAACCCUCUUUCUAGAUAAAUUUGGGAUUAUUUAAUAAAUUAUAGAAAAUUUACCAAACAGUAUUACAAAGGAUUCCAUUUGUUGAGUUUAGUGUCAACUAUUGUAAAUAAGUCGAUUAAUAAAUAGGAGUGGAAAACAAACUUAAGAACAGUUAUAUGUGAAAUAUGAAAAGUAUCUGUUGAAGCAAUCAUAAAAAAUACAAAAAAUCUACCAGCUCAAGAAAUUUAUAAUGACAAGGGAUUUGGGUGUAUGUGUAUCAUGUUUAUACCUGAUUUGCUUGAUUUUAACAGUAUUUAUGCAUGAUUAAUGUUAAUAUCAAUAAUUUUGUACCUACUUACCGGAAAAGUAUUUUCAAAUCUUGAUCAUGAGUGUUAUUCCAUUUAUCCAGACCGCUGUGUAUUGUGUUCAAUGUAUUAUUGUCUACCGAGGUUCUUUUCCUUUCUUUCUUUCUACUGAGUGUGUGUGUGUGUUUUUAUAUACACACACACACUACGUUUACAUGUACGUUUGCACCUGGUACUAUUAAGCUUAAAUCUUUUUUUGUAACUGUAUAUAGAUUUUGCCUUUUAUUUUUGGCAAUCCAAAACUUUUUCUGUUUUUCCAGUUAUGGCCAGAAGUGAUAAUAUCACUCUAAUUUUAGAAUUUAAAAACUUUUUAAUUCUUUCCUGUAUUUGUGGUUGUGUCUGUGUCAAAGAGUAUUUUCAUGUUGGAAUUAAAUGAUAAAAAACCA